AUGUCAUCAGACGAGCGCCAUAAACAUCCACUGGCCGAAGACCUGAUCGCAUGGUUCACCCGAAAUGGGGGCUGGAUGAGUCCGGAUGUCCACAUUGUUCACAACGAGUCUCAAGGUCAUCACAUGCGAGCGCUGAGGCCCACAACACCAGAGGUGGUGGCCUGUCCGUUGAAGCUGACCCUAUCGAGCCUCAACCUAGACUCUGAUCAGAAAGAGGUGCUACCGAUCACGAGCCCUCUACAGCAGUGUCGUGGCCGAAUACCUGACCACAUACUAACCUAUCUGCUCUUGAUUGAACAGCGCAACAAGGGCAAUGAUUCGCCAUGGCACCACUACAUCGCGUGUCUACCUGCGGUGGAGAGCAUGACCACCCCUCUCUGGUUUGGUGAGGAAGACGUUGCAUUCCUUGCCGGAACCAGCCUGGCCCCUGCUCUCAAGGAGAGGAAGGCAGACUACCAGAAGCAGUGGGAACACGCCGUUAGCGUGAUAAGAGAGGUUGGUGUUGCCUGGGCUGAUGAGGUCGACUUCGAAUCCCUUCUCUGGGCCGCCACCAUAUUUACAUCGCGAGCAUUCAUCUCGACACACAUCUUGCCUGAAAUCGAGACGGUACCGAUCCUCUUCCCAGUCGUUGACAUCCUCAACCACUCCGUCACGGCCAAGGUAGAAUGGGACUUCAAGCCCCACCAAUCCUUCACCCUCCGAUGCCUUGACAGCUCCGACUUCACUGUCAACGAAGAGCUCUUCAACAACUACGCCCCAAAGCAAAACGAUGAGCUGCUCCUCGGCUACGGCUUCUGCCUCGAGAACAACCCCAUUGAGCAGUUUGCCCUGAAGCUCGCCUUCCAGCCCGAGCUCAUGCAAUAUGCCACGCAGGUGGGACUGAUGCAGCCGGAGAGCGUGCCGUUCGGCAUGGACACAUCUUUCCUGCAGACAGACCCGAACAAGGAGCAGCACUUCCUGCGCGCCAAGGGACAUCCAUUCGGACGAUACGAGAACCAUAUCUCGUUCUUCCGCGGCAUACCCCCGUACAUCGUCCAUUUCUUUUUCAUCCAAACCGUUCUCUCUCUCGAUCUGGAUCUCGCCAACAUCAACAUCGCCAAACCAGGAGAGCGAAUCACCCUCCAAGUCCUCACCCUCCUCCACCAAGCCCUCACCCAGCGCAGCUCCACGCUCCCACUCACACUCCCCCUGGAACCAACAAACACCAAGCAACGCUUCGCAAAAUCCUACCGCGACGGCCAAGCCGCCGUCAUCCACGCCGUGCGCUCCGACCUCUCAUCCGCAAUCUCCACCCUCCUGAUCCCCAGCACCACGGCCCUCCCCCCGCGCUCAGCCCUCCUCACACAACCCAACGGCCUCGCAGCCCUGCGCGCCGAGUACCCCGCCGCAGCCCUCACCUUCGAAGCCGGGCUCCGCAAAUACAAUCUAAACGACGCGCAGGACGACCGCCUGGUCUGGUCUCUACUACUGGUGGCCUACGCCGCGCUCAUCCUGACCAACGCCGAGAACGCCGGGGCGCUCAAUUCCGACUUGCUCGCGCGUCUCGCGAGUGCGCAUCCGCUGCCGCGCGUCGAGGAUGGGAUUGAAGACGCCGAGACGUAUGGGUUUCUGGACGAGCAUCUUUGCGAUUUCUUGGUGUUGGAGGGCCAGCAGGGGGGGCUUGGGCCGGGCGAUGUGCUGGAUGAUCUUGGCGUUACGUUUGUGAAGGGCCCGGAUGGGGCGGGGGCGUUCAUUAGCGAGCCCACGGAGAACCUGGGCGUGCGGUUGAUCAUGUGGGCGAUGAGCGUGGCACAGGCUGAUGUUGUGUCUGUUGCUGGCGAGAGGACGGCGGAGAUGUGUUUGUUCGUCAGAGGGGAGGGAGAGGGCGUGUGGCUGUACGACGAGCUGGAGGCGUGA